UUAGUUCUUUCGAUUCAAGGAAGAAUCUGGUAACCAGCUUAUUAGGACUGAAAUAAAAAUUCUGUGCUGAGUGACUCCUUUUUCCAUAACAAAGAGGAGCUUUGUCUUAUGAGCAUCGCAAUAAUUCAAAGAUGUAAAGAGUAACUUUUUCCAUAAGCGGCUGCCGAUGAUGAAAUAGACGGGUCGUCCCAUAAAAGGAGCUAUCAGGCGAAACCCACACAGGAGAACUUGCCUGCAAGGUCAGCGGACGGCGGUGAAAGCUGACCGAGUCGCGAAAGAAUCUGGUAACCAGUUUACACGGCCCAUAAAUUCCGUGCCAGGUGACUUCUUUUUCAUAACACAGAAGAGCUUUAUCUUGUGAGCAUCGUAGGAGUUCAGAGGCUUAAAGAGAUUUGAACAUUCACAGAGUCCAAGGUCGUCGCAAAAAUGCCUGAGGCCACAUCUUUCGCACAAUCAACAUUUGAAACUCUGUUCAGGGCUUUCAAGAAAACAGACGAGGUAUCAGAGGUUUUAAAAAUGUUUGACUUGUCAAACGAAUCCAUCCAGGAGAUAAUGAAUCUUCUACGGAAAGACUUCGACAAAGGUCUCUCUGCCAAUGAAGAAGAGCGGGCGGAGAGCUCGGUCAAAAUGCUUCCUACAUAUAUAAGGGCGAUUCCAAGUGGCUCAGAAUCUGGUGAUUUCCUUGCUGUGGAUCUUGGUGGAACAAACUUUAGGCUGUUAUCAAUCUCUAUACAGAAUGGCCGAGUUCAAGAUACAAUCGAAAUUCCACCGAUGACUCAGACAAUUAAGACCAGUGACGCGGAAACGUUUUUUAACUACAUUGCUCAUCAUAUUUCACUCUUUGUGAAGAAACACGACCUCUCUAACAAAACACUGCCGCUCGGAUUUACGUUUUCUUUUCCAGUCAAGCAAUCAUCACUCACAUCAGGGUCGCUGAUCAGAUGGACCAAGGGAUUUUCUGCUUCUGGGAUAGAAAAUGAGGAUGUUGUCAAACUACUUAAGGAGGCACUUGUUAGAAAAGGAAUGAGUUCCACAGUGGAUGUUGUUGCCCUUGUCAAUGACACCACAGGUACAAUGAUGUCUUGUGCAUUCGAGAACCCUUUUGUCAGCGCUGGGCUUAUCUUGGGCACGGGAACCAAUGCUUGCUACAUGGAGAGCCUUGAUAAUGUUCCCAAAUGGGACGGUGAUCAAGAUGAACCACGGCAAGUGAUCAUCAACACAGAGUGGGGUGCAUUUGGUGACAAUGGAUCUCUGGAUCAUCUUCGAACAAAGUACGAUGAACGACUUGAUGAGGAAUCCAGUAACCCUCGUCAACAGAUAUUUGAGAAGAUGAUAUCUGGUAUGUAUCUUGGUGAACUUGCCAGAAUCGUGUGCAUGGACCUGGUCAACAAGAAACUCCUCUUCAAAGGAGAAGUCACAGAAAAAUUCAGGACCAAAAAUAGUUUCCCUGCUGAAUUCGUGUCUCUGGUUGAAAGUCACGAAAAGCAUAAGAUAGAGGAGGUUCUCAAUACUAUGGAAGUGGCGGAACAAGCCUCGGAAUCUGACAUCGAGAAUUUGCGGCGAGUUUGUGCUGCAUUAUCCUUGAGAGCUGCCAAGGUAGCAGCCGCAGGCGUUGCCACAAUAGUUAAGAAAACUGGUAACUUCACGACCACGAUUGCCGCUGACGGAAGCCUCUUUAAAAGACAUCCAAAGUUUAGGAAUUACAUGCAGGAGACUCUCACUGAAAUUUUACCGGAAGCCGACAUCACCUUUAUGCUAUCAGAAGAUGGUUCAGGAAAAGGAGCAGCACUCAUUGCUGCUGUUGCAUCACAAAUGAAAGAACAAUGAGUAUUAUAACAUAACCAAAGCAAAGCGCGCGAUCUGAUUGGUCAAUUCAGCGUCCUUCAUUUGCCCAUGGGUGUA